ACGCUUACAUAUACAGUAUUACCACAGAUGUUGCACCUUCAUAUUUCUGCAAGUUAAUGUGACACAACCUACAAAACGUACGUAUUCCAACUUUCUGUUUAAGAUAAUGUAUAAAUAAGUAUAUUUACAUGCAAUAUGCCUAUUUCUGUUUCAUGCCUCACACCGGAAAUGCACACUUCAAGGAAUUUUCAUUGCAAAUUGCACCCUUUAGCCUUACUUGUCUACAGCAGCAGGGUUGCUGACUGCAAAUUGCAGUGUCACGUGAGAAAUGUUGAGCUGUGUUUUCGUCAGCGCCGAAAGGGGACAGCUAUAUUCUGCACCGACAACACACACGAAUACACUGACGGCCCAUGGAGUAGAGCCGAAAGUCUAGCACCAAAACGACUUCAAACGGCAAUCGAUACAUUUUACCAGUGCACAAGCACAAGAAGAAGGCCCCUUUUAAUUUGUAACAAGAGGGUUUUUAAACGGGCAAAUGUGGAUCGUUCCAGAGGAGGUUUUACUGGCUAACGCGCUCUGGGUUAGCGAGAGGGCGAACCCCUUCUUUAUUCUCCAGCGAAGAAAAGGACACGGAAAAGGAGGGGGAAUCGCCGGUCUGCUGGUGGGCACCCUGGAUGUGGUGCUUGACUCCAGUGCGAGAGUCGCCCCCUACAGGAUUCUUCAUCAAACGCACGAUUCACAGAUCUACUGGAGCAUUGCCUGUGGCUCCUCUCGAAAGGAGAUCACAGAGCACUGGGAUUGGCUGGAAGCGAACCUGCUGCAGACUCUGUCCAUUUUCGACAAUGAGGAGGACAUCACUACCUUCGUCAAGGGCAAGAUCCAGGGCAUCAUUGCCGAGGAGAACAAGAAUAAGGAGGUUCCUGAGGACGAGGAUUCUGGGAAGUUCCGUGAGGCGGAGCUGAAGAUGCGGAAGCUGUUCGGAAUGCCGGACGAGGAGAAGCUGGUGAAUUACUACUCCUGCAGCUACUGGAAGGGGCGGGUCCCUCGCCAGGGCUGGGUCUACCUGAGUGUCAAUCACCUCUGCUUCUACUCCUUCCUGCUGGGAAAGGAAGUGACGCUGGUCAUCCAGUGGACAGACGUGACUCAGCUUGAGAAGAACGCCACGCUGCUGUUCCCGGAGAGCAUCCGAGUGAGCACGCGGGACACCGAGGACUACUUCUCCAUGUUCCUCAACAUCAACGAGACCUUCAAGCUGAUGGAGCAGCUCGCCAACAUCGCUAUGCGGCAGCUACUUGACAACGAGGCCUUCUCCGCUGACCGCUCUCUGCCCAAGCCGCGCAAGGCCCACAAGAACAUCUCCACACUGAAGAGGGACCUGGAUGCCAGAGCGAAGAACGAGAGGUACCGGGCCACCUUCAGGCUGCCCCAGAGCGAGAAGCUGGACGGGCACACGGACUGCACCCUUUGGACUCCCUUCAGCAAGAUGCACAUUGUGGGACAGAUGUUCGUCUCCAACAACUACAUCUGUUUCUCUAGCAAGGGGGAAGACCUGUGUCACCUCAUCAUCCCACUCCGAGAGGUGUCAGUAGUGGAGAAGGCAGACAGCUCUAGUGUCCUGCCCAGCCCACUGUCCAUCAGCACCAAGAACAAGAUGACCUUCCUGUUUGCCAACCUGAAGGACCGGGACUUCCUGGUCCAGAGAAUCUCUGACUUCCUGCAGCGCACUCCAGAUAAGCAACAGCAUAAUAGUAAAGAACAGCAUGACCCCUCCAGCCCUGUAUUCCCAGCCUCCAGCAGCCCCCCCUCUUCCCUGGAGAGCCGGCCUGCCCAAUACUACAGCCCUGACCUGGCCACCGCUACCCGGGGUCUGCUGAGCAUCUUCAAGAGGGACGCCCCCGAGGAGCUGGGGCCCAAGGCGGCAAAGGAGAAGAUGAAGGAGGAGUCGUGGAACAUUCACUUCUUUGAGUUUGGUCGGGGGGUGUGCAUGUAUCGCACAUCCAGGACCCGAGAUCUAGUGCUAAAUGGCAUUCCAGAGGGCUUGCGUGGGGAGCUGUGGCUGCUCUUCUCAGGUGGCCUGAACGACAUGGCGAUGCACCCUGGGUACUACGCCGAUCUGGUAGAGCAGUCUAUGGGCCGGUGCACUCUGGCCACGGAGGAGAUUGAGAGGGACCUGCACCGCUCCAUGCCUGAGCACCGCGCCUUCCAGAACGAGAUGGGCAUCGCUGCUCUGCGCCGCGUCCUCACCGCCUACGCCUACCGCAACCCAGGCAUCGGCUACUGCCAGGCUAUGAACAUUGUCACUUCGGUUCUGCUGCUGUACUGCACUGAGGAGGAGGCCUUCUGGCUGCUGGUGGCUCUGUGUGAGAGGAUGCUGCCAGAUUAUUACAACACCCGGGUGGUGGGUGCCCUGGUGGAUCAGGGGGUGUUCGAGGAGCUGACGCGGGAGUGCCUGCCCCUGCUGUACGAGCACAUGCAGGAUCUGGGGGUCAUCUCCACCAUCUCGCUGUCCUGGUUCCUCACCCUCUUCCUCAGCGUCAUGCCCUUUGAGAGUGCAGUGCUGGUGGUCGACUGCUUCUUCUACGAGGGCAUCAAGCUCAUCUUCCAGGUGUCCCUGGCUGUGCUGCACGCCAACAUGGAUCAGCUGCUGGGCUGCAAUGACGAGGGAGAGGCCAUGACCAUCCUGGGCAGGUACCUGGACAAUGUUGUUAACAAGCAGACCGUGUCGCCACCCAUCCCUCACCUCCAUGCAUUACUGACCAGUGGAGAUGAACCCCCUCCUGAAAUAGAUGUCUUCGAACUCAUAAAGGCAUCCUACGAGAAGUUUGGCAGCCUGCGUGCAGACGUCAUUGAGCAGAUGAGGUUUAAACAGAGACUGAAAGUGAUCCAGUCACUGGAGGACACAGCCAAGAGGAGUGUGGUACGCUCCAUCAUGACUGACUCUGCCUUCACCAUUGAGGAGCUGGAGGAGCUCUAUGUGCUUUUCAAGGCGAAGCACAUCAUGACUUGCUACUGGGGAGCGAGCUCGAGUGCGGCGGAGCACCAUGACCCCAGCCUGCCCUACCUGGAGCAGUAUCGCAUCGACCUGGGUCAGUUCAGCCAGCUGUUCGGAGCACUGACCCCCUGGGGCUGCGGGACGCACACCCCCGUCCUCGCUGCCCGCCUCUUCCGCCUGCUCGACCACAACAAGGACAGCCUCAUCAACUUCAAGGAAUUCGUCACUGGCCUCAGUGGGAUGUACCACGGAGAUCUGACUGAGAAAUUAAAGAUGCUUUACAAACUCCACCUGCCUCCAGCUCUGUGUCCAGAGGAAGCAGAGUCAGCACUAGAAGCCACUCAAUACUUCACGGAUGACCCCAGUCCACAAGAGACUUCUUUCAUCUCCGACCUGGACUUCCUGCUUCAGGAAGGGGGCUCAGCAACGAAUCUGCAGGCUGCAGAACCCAGAGACGAGACAAGGAAUGACGACUCUAAACAGAAGAAAGAGGAGAAGAUCCAGGAUUACCGGUAUUACCUUCGCAUGUGGGCCAAAGAGAAGGAGCAAAAAAAAGAGACCAUCAAAGACCUGCCCAAAAUGAACCAGGAACAGUUCAUCGAGCUCUGUAAAACCCUGUACAACAUGUUCAGCCAAGACCCUUCUGAGCAGGAGCUGUAUCACUCCAUCGCAACAGUGGCAAGCCUUCUUCUGAGAAUCGGAGAAGUUGGCAAGAAGUUCACAAACCACACCCCAAAGAAGCCAGAGAACCACCACAGAACACACCCUGCUUCUCUUAAACUGCCUGCUCUAGAGAAGGAGCCCUCUACCAGUAUGCAAGAGGAAAGCAAGGGAGGGAAUCCAGGCGAGGUCCAGGCUCCAGAGGCCCCAGUAGAGCAGGCAGAGAGCCCUCAGCCGCCCACAUCAGAUGAGGAAGCCAAAGACGACACUUCAGUUUCUUCUUUCUCGAUCGUGAGCGCUAGCUCCCUGCAGUGUGAGGACAUUGCUGAGGACACGGUCCUGAUUGGCUGCGGAGAGCAGCGAACGUGCAGCACCCUGGAUGCUGAUUGGUCCAUCUCCUUCGAGCAGAUCCUGGCCUCCAUCCUGACUGAGACGCCCCUGGUCGACUUCUUUGAGAAACGGAAAGACAUUCGCAUCAAAAUAGCCGACUGCAAGGGCCAAAGGACCAUUGAGAGGCAGGUCAGCUCCUCCAGCGACUGUGAGCUCUCGCUGCUUUCGGGCUGAAUGCCCCACCUGAGGUGGAAUGACGGGAAAUCCCAGAGGUGAUCUUUGACACGACUCCAGGCUCCAAAGCACCCUCGCUUGCCCUUAAAAAAAAAAAAAAAAACUCCUCCAGACUCUCAUCCGGGGCUGGAUUUAUGAUUGGUUAAUGCUUGCCCUGCUGCAGGCAUCAGCUUUCAGCCUCACAUGCUGGCUUCAGGCACACUUCAUUUUUAAUUUUAAAGUAUCUAUAUAAAUACCUAUCUUUUGCAAUGUUAGUUUGUAUGAAGUAUACGGUACGUAAGUGUGUAUGUAUGUAUCUAAACAUGUGUCUGUAUACACAUGCUCAUUAAUUCUGUCCAUAUCUGUCAUAAAGCAUUAAGAAUGUGUGUGCUUGGAUAGUCAUACAUAUUCUAGCACUUUUACAGCCUGUGAGAAGGAAAAAUCAUUUGCUGCCUGAUAAGGUGAGGAAUAUGUGAGUCUGUGCAUGUGGUAUUUGAAUGCAUUGAUUAUAGUGUGUCUAAAGUACACACAUAAAGUAUAAACAGUAUAGAAGAGAGAACAGAACUCCAUAGGUGUCAACAUUACCGAUUUUUAUAAUUUUGGGUUUGCACAGCGGCAUCAAGGUGUUUUUUCUGUGUUCUGCUCAGAACAGUGUCCUUAAUGCAGCAGGUAAAUAAUACGGUGUUUUAUAGCGGUUCAUUUCAAUUGAAUAAGUUACAAAAACUUUAAAUUUUGUAUGCCUUUUUUUUCCCUUUCAUUUUCUUUUUCGCUCAGUUGGGUGUACAGCAUUUGCAUUCAAUCCCACCUCUUAAUUUCACUUCGGCCGUUUUUUCUAUUCAUGUCAUUGUGAGCGGUUAUGGCGUUUGCCAGUUCAAUUGCAUGUUUCUGGCCAUUCAGCACUAUUGGAGCCGCCUGUUGUAUUGUAGAUUAUAAUUCAUGGAACAAGAUUCAGCCAUUCUAAGUUCCUAUGAUUUUGACAGUACUGUUCUCACACACAUCCAGUUCUGUCAUAAUUGGUAAGCUUGACAGUCUCGUUGACAGACUGAAGGCAUUAUGACUUAUCCUGGCAAAUCAACCCCUUAGCCUGGUGGAAUCCUGAUGAUUGGUUUCAGUAUAGCAGUGUCUGUAACAGUGUGGCUGUGUCAUGUUAUACUGGUGAGCUUUUGCCCAUCAGUAAUAGGCAGAAAAUGUAAAAUUGUAUUUGAAGCUAUUUAUUCUUUAAUCACAGCAAAGUUUAAGAAAUCUUUUUUUUUUUUUUAUAGUUGUACAGUAACACAUAGUAUGAUCAUAAGAAAUCAAUUCUAUUGUGGAUUGUUUGUGUUUUAAAGCAUGGUUUGUUUUCUAAUAUUAGACACACUGGAGCACAGUGGUAUACAUAUUCUUAUAAUACAGCUUACAGUAACUUGUCUGCCAGUGCAACAUGCUGUCCUUUUUAAAUGAGAAAGCACUAUUGUUCAGCUUUAGAACUGAAAAAAAAGGAUAAGGAAGUGCAUGUGCCCUUGGCUUCUCAGAUCACUUCUACUUAUCAGGGCACGCGCUUGCUGCUCGCAUCUCAGACAAUUUGGUCAGCUUACAAACCAGCCUGGUAAUGGCUUCUGACGGCUCCACAAUGCAGUUUGCAAAGAUGACUUCUGACAGAUGCCUCCUUCUCUUGUGAAUGCAGGCCUCCUGUCUCGUGUCUUUGUAGUUAAAGCGCUUUGCUGGGGGCUUGCUCGCUACACGCGUGUACCAGUGCUGUGUGUAACACUAGUUUAAGAAGUGUGCUGUGACUAAGUGCUUGUGUUUUAGAUGAAGAAGAUAUUGUUUUAGCUCCACCGAAUACUAAUAAUACUGCACAGGUUGUUUGGCAAUGUAUUGAAAGGUAACCUACACCACUCUACUCCUGAAUUUGUAUCAGCUGCUCUGUCAGUUUAAACAUCUUUACAGUACGUGUGUCAAGCAACCAGUUCUCAUGUUUUAAGGUGGGCAGAGCUAUUUCAGUAUGUUUAAACUCUGCAGUGCAUUUCCAAUGCUGUUGCUUUUCAAAGAGACGUAAGUAUUUUAAAAGCAGGAGAUCUGAGAUCUUUGCAUUGGUGUUGUGAAAUGUUUCUUCGUUGUAGUUUAUUUGUUUUUUCUAUUAUUAUUAACUUGUUUUGCUCUGUAUCUUGAACACGUCGUACCCAUUGACCAAUUUGCAGUCUUUUCUUGUUGUUCCACAAAUGGUGAAAAAUUUAGCCAGAAGUGGGAGAGCUUUAUCAUCGUGUCAUAAUUAAUUUAUUUUUUGUAACCUAAAAUAUUGUUAACUGUAGUCAUGCCAAUAAGCUGUGCAUUGUGGCUAGAUUUUUAAUAAUGCAUCUCUACCUGAAUGGGUUUUCAAUAGUUUGAUUGGGUUUAUCCCACAGAUAAACCAAAUCUAUUUAUUUGUUUUAAGAAAAUGUCACAGAUCUGUUGCAGGUCCAUUUUAAUUAAUUUUAAACAAGCAGCCUAGAAAAUGUAAGGAUGAUCUGGUCCCCUAAUGAGUCUGCAGCUUUGGAUUAAUACUGCUGUAAGACACACACAUGCAGGAUCGUUUAAUAUUCAUGACCAUUUAGCCUCCAUGUGGGAGGUUUGAAAGCGCAGUGCCUCACUUGACUGAACCAGUAGAGUUUACACAUUUGAAGAAGAUUCUCUUAGACAAUGUUGAAAAUCCCAACUUCUGUUAAAUGUUCAGCAAACAGAAGUCUAUUUUCUUCUCUGUUUACAGCUUUGUUUACCCAGCACAGCUGUUGCUGACCUUUAUCAUGUGACUGUUUGUUUAGGUUACAGUGACAGAAUGUCAAAAAGGCUUUUAUUUUUUUUUACAUUGAAGAAAUUGAUGUUUUGUCAAUCUAUUACUUUAAUUAUAUCUAUAUUUAGCACUAUUGCGUUCUGAACAGUUAUGGAUGCCAUUAGAAUCCAAAAUGAAAACGACCAUCCCAUGUUACUAAUGUAUGACAGUUCUGCAUAAAUACUCCCUCAGACACAAGAGUUGGUUGAGAACCGUAUGUAACCAGGGAAUAUGAGACGACUGAGACAAACUGCAGUACUUUCGUUCUUUUAUUAACUGGGUUUGCAAGCUUUAUGAUGGCCAGAAAGCCACAUACUGUAGCAUGGUGCUACAUGGGUUUGUUCCUGCACUUAAAUGAAAAUGCUGCUCAAAAAGUGAUCAAAGGCAAAAUAUGGAUUAUAAAAUAACACAUUUCUGUUUCUUUUUUAAGCUUUACUAGAACCAUCCAAGUAUUUAAGGCAUUCCGUUUAUGAAUACCAGUCACAGUUUAUGUAACCUGUCACUGCUGAACCUCCUCUUUAUUAUUAAAACAACCAAUUUAUUAUUUAUUUACAAACUGUUGUUCAGUGCUUAACUGAGGUUUUUAAUUAUCUGUAUGUACUGUAUGGCAAUGAUAUCUAUGAUCCCUAAUAAAACAAAAUAAAAAAUACUGAUUUAAAAUG